UGACACGCCACAACCAAUUGAAGAAGAAAGGAAGAAAUGCCAUCUCAUUGUAUUGCGUUUGUACGGUAGAAAUAACAUUGAUUGAUAGACAGAUAAAAUGGAAACUACGAGUGAACUACUGACGAAAGUCAUCCAGGAUGCAGUUCUUAAACUUUGCACACAGAAUGUUGUAUUUAGUAAAUCGCUCGAGAUUGAUGGGAUAAUAUGUGUCUCCCCUGGGGAAGAAGCGAAGGAAAUAGUUGUAAAGAUGCAUCGAACAAUUGUGAAACCAAACCAAGCUCAACAGAGCCCCGGAUUAUACUCUCAGGACCAUGACACUAUCUCAGACUUUGGAUUUAACCAGACUAUAAGAACACCUAGGCAAUUUCAAGACCCCAGUCAUCAUCGACCAAAUCAACACAGUACCCCUCAAAGGCAACGGAUACCGAUGAGUAGAGACAAUAAUAUUAACAGAACUCCUGUAACAGCACCUCCAAGUUCAUAUGGUUAUCCUACACAACCUUCUAUUAACUCUUCCAUGUCAAGUAUUAACCCACAAAUUCCAAGUGCUACACAAGAAACACCUGGAGGCAGAGUGGGAGAUUCUGAUGAAUUUACAAUAAAAGAGGAGCCACCUUCCUCCCCAAAAGGCAUCAAACGAUCCAUAUCUGAAGACACUCCGCAAGACACUCACGACCAAUCAUCGGAUAAACAACAAAAACUUGAUCAAACAACAGGUGCUACUGAACAAAAUAUGGACAAUGUUAACAUUAAACAAGAAGAACCUAUUACUAUAGAACUAGAUGAUGAUGACGAGGAAGAAGAAGGAGGUGGAUAUGACGGUGACUCAACCGCAGGUGCUAGCUGGAUGGGAGAUAACACUUUAGAUUCAUCAGCUGAUAACACAAUAAAUCCAAAUACAGUAUCAAGAAAAGAAACGGAUGACAAAAGUACUAGAGCAUCGGCUGGCACUAAAAAUCCAGGAAAGCGCGUCCGACUGCAAAACAAAUCUCAUGAAUGUAAAGAAUGCUUUAUGAGAUUUGGUCAACGAUCCACAUUGAAAAAUCACCAGCGCUCAAAGCACGGCUACGAACCUGUCCAUAAGUGUAAAACAUGCGGUGAUUUGUUUAACAGUCGACAGGCUUUGUCUUAUCACAAAGAUAAACAUUUAUGGGAAGAGAAAAAAACUGCUCACAUAUGCUCUUUCUGUCAGAAAACGUUUAGUUCAAAAAGGUAUUUAACAGAGCAUAUCGAAGGGAAACAUGCUGGAAGGGUCCAUGUAUGUCCUGUGUGUGGAAAACGUUUUAGAUGGCGGUCAUCAAUCAAAGUUCACAUUAGUACACAUAAUAAAAGCAAAUAAAGCAGCAUGAAGGACAUCUUGAUCUAUCAUACCUUGAAUAUAAUAUGUUAUCUUUUGAACUGUAAUGCCUUGGUCACAUUUGCUC